UGUUCGUCACGUCAGGCAGUUGUGUUGGGAACGUCGUUGUUUUAAAAGGCUAAGAAGCUUUUUCCGGCCAGGAAUUUUGUUGCUGGCUAACACAGCCAUGAGUACAAAUGGAGCUGCCGAUAGAUACUCCAAUCAUACUCUUGAAAAGGUGGCGAGAACCAAAGCAACGAUUGAAAGUUUCUACGCAAACUUGAUCACUCAACACCAAGAGAGACAGAACAGAUGGAAAGUCUUGGAAAUGAAUAUGGAACAACAAGGGUUGACAGAAGAAGAGAAAAAAGAAUCAAGAAGCCAUCUUGCAAAGAAGGAAACAGAGUUUUUGAGACUGAAAAGAUCAAGAAUUGGGAAAGAAGAUUUUGAUUCCUUAAAGGUGGUUGGACGUGGUGCUUUUGGCGAGGUACGUUUAGUACAAAAGCAUGACACAGGCCAUGUAUAUGCAAUGAAGAUCUUGAGAAAAGAAGACAUGCUUGAAAAGGAACAGGUUGCUCAUGCCCGCGCAGAGAGAGACAUUCUUGCUGAGGCAGAAAAUCCUUGGGUUGUGAAGAUGUUCUACUCAUUCCAGGAUGGACAUUAUCUGUAUUUAGUGAUGGAGUUUCUUCCAGGUGGUGAUCUUAUGACGAUGCUCAUGAAAAAAGACACUUUUACUGAAGAUGAGACACGAUUCUACAUAGCAGAAUCAGUUCUUGCUAUAAAUUCCAUUCACCAAGUUGGAUUUAUUCAUAGGGAUAUUAAACCUGACAAUUUGCUGUUAGAUAGCAAAGGACACAUCAAAUUAGCAGAUUUUGGUCUUUGUACUGGUCUCAAGAAAGCACACAGAACAGAAUUUUACAGAGAAAUUUUACCAAGUGAUAUGAAAGAUUUCUCAUCAGCUGAACCAUUAGAUACAAAAGGCAGAGCAGCAACAUGGAAGAAAAACAGGAGACAACUGGCAUAUUCUACAGUGGGAACUCCAGAUUACAUUGCCCCAGAAGUGUUUCAUCAGACAGGUUAUAAUAAAAGCUGUGACUGGUGGUCAUUAGGAGUGAUCAUGUAUGAAAUGCUAAUAGGCUAUCCACCAUUUUGCUCAGAAAGUCCACAAGAAACAUACAAAAAGGUUAUGAACUGGAAAGAAACGCUGAUCUUUCCACCUGAGAUGCCCAUUUCAGAUAAUGCAAGAGGUUUAAUUGAAAGAUGGUGCUGUGAUCCAGAUAAAAGGCUCAGUAACAUAGAUGAAAUAAAAGCUCACCCAUUUUUUUGUGAUGUAGAUUGGCAAAAUAUCAGGGAUAGACCUGCGGCCAUUCCAAUACAUGUGAAAUCCAUUGAUGACACAUCUAAUUUUGAUGAAUUCCCGGAAUCAGAACUGGAUUCAAACUGGUUCAGAGACACAAAGUCAGAUGCGGCAGGUAGUAAAGACUGGGUUUUCCUAAACUACACAUUCAAGAGAUUCGAAGGACUCACUCAACGAGGUGUUAAGGUUCCACUGCUAUGAACAGCAUCUUGUAAAACAUAUUUUCCUGCAUACGUGAUCUUUUUUAUCUAUCUAGGUGUAAAUCUGAAGAUGAUACUUAUGAAGAACAUUAAUUUUGUCAGCAGAUUUUUUACUUCAUAAGUUUGCACAAGACAUGAGGGCUUAAUGAGAAUCACAAGAGUUCAUUUAGAUGCCAGGAAAGAAAAUGUAAUUCUUCAUUCUUGCAGAUUACAUCUGUAAUUGUCAUUAAUUUACAUAUUUCUUACACAUUCAUGCGACAGUCAACCAACACAAAUGCUGGUUGCAGUUCAUAAGUGCAUUGUUGACUGCAGUUUGGCCUCAUUAACGUUAAUGUUGUGAAAAUUGCAGCUUGAAAAUUUUUAAAUUCCUCAAGUGCAGCUACUCUGCAGCUAUCUCUGAUAGUAAUGUUCUUUCUCUUUUAAAUCUGGAAAAUUUGGUGGAUAAUGUAUGACUUAUGUUGCUUGUGGUUUACUACUGGUGAAGUCUACAGUUUUUUGCUUGUUUUUUCAGUUGAACAUCUUUAAAUAUGUAGUACCAUGCUCUCUCUCCCUUUGUGGUAUGACUUUGUACACUGAUUACUCAGAACAUAUCAGAAAAUCCUGGUUAAAUCUCUCCCCCUUCACUCCUCAGGUCUGCUCGAGUGUAGACAGUAGUACAAUUAUUCUUCUGUUAGUCAGUAAUUAGAUGCUAAUAUGCCUCAUUUGUGAAUGCUGUUAUAUUUAUUUUUUUAGACCCUGCCCUCUCCUUAAGAGAUAUGCAAUAAGUCUUUCUCCCCCCCCCAACCUCAAUCCCUCAAAAUGUUGUGUCAGCAGAGGGCUCUUAACCAGGAUAUUGUGGUAGAUGAUUUGCCUUUGGGCUGCUUUUCAUUACAAUUCUUAUCUGUGGUUAUAAAUAUUGUAACCUUCAUAAAAGGCUGGAGAGGUUGUAAUCUUUUAUGAAUAUCAAUAGCUAUCUUUUGAUAUUAUCUAGUGGUUAACUGACACAAGAUUUCAUAAAUAUUUGAUGCCGCGCUUAAGAGCUAAUAAAAGAAAACAUGCUAGAAACUAUUUUUGUUAGUUCGAAUUUGACCAUUUCCAAAGUACUGUUUUCAAGGUUUAAAUUGCAGUAUGUUUCAUAUUCAAUUGGGGUAAAAUAAUUUAAUGAAAAAUAGUCAUUAAUUAAAACUAAAUUGGCAGUAAGUAGAGUUAUAUAAUAAUUCAAGGUAAUAAAAACAUCAGCCACUUCCAUGUACAUUAGGGUAAACCAAGUUUAAAACCCAAAUCUUUACAUAUGUCGUGGUCUUUUAGAUUUGAUGGCACAAAAUUUUUGUACAGGUAUGAAUCAUUGUUCCAACUAUGGAAUAUGGUUUUUCAAUGUUAAAUCAGCUGGACAGUUAAGUGAUAGACUAAGUGGAAACUUUGUUAGAAAAUAAUUAUGCAUUUCAACUGCAAUAUUUGUACAGAAGGUCAAUAAGCAAUUCACGUGCAUCUUUAACAAUGCAACUGUAGUGUAAAUAGAAAUAAUAGAAAAACAGGCUCACAAAGAACAUUUCAGUGGAACACAUGACUUCUGAAUGAAGCUGAUUGGGUUCCUAGGUGUCAUUUAGUAAUCAUUCCAUUUUGAUACUCAAGUACAUGUAUUCAACUUAGCAGUGUUGUAGCCAAACUUUGUAAUUCCUGGGUCCAGUUGUGUAAAGGCUGGAUAACACUAUCCAAUGGAUAAGUGUUAACAAAAUAUACUGUGCUAUACACCAGAUGGAGAUUUAUCCAGUGGAUAACAUUGUCCAUGUUUUGCACGAUUGGGGCCAGGUGUAUGGUUAGAGUUUCCAAGAAAAGCCAGUUACCAGCAGUCUACCACUGCCUCAAGACCUCUAACUGGUGUUUGUUCAUCCUGUGAGCAAACUUUAGUGUUUGAGUUUUGCUUUACAUCACAGCUGUCUAUUGCACCAUCAACAGCAGCUUAUUAUAUUGAAACCCCAUGUAAAGUUACAACUAAGUUCUUUCAAUAUCAUGGGGUGAGUGGAGUCGUGAUGUAUGACAAGUUAUGACAAGUUUAACAAUGCUCUUAGUAUGAAAACCAUACAUGUACGCAAGAAAUAAUUUAAUUUGUGGAUUAAAACUAUCAGUUGUAACAGUAUUAAAAGAUGUAAUGCAAUAAUGUUUGUCAAUUUUGUUAAUAAUUAACAUAUCUUAAAUCUAGCCAGAGUACUGUUUGAACUAUCAAUGUGUUUAGGUGAGAGUGAGUUUGACAAAUAAAAUAACAACA